GAGAGUCGACGUGCACACACACAAACGGGUGGAGGGUGGAGAGCGGAGGGAGGAGGCAGGGACAGGCAGGAGCUCAGGCCCUCUCUGGGCGGAAUGUAGCGGCGGCGGCGGAUCCCUUUAGCCGGACCAGAGAGAGCAGAGAGACGCGCUGUGGACGAGGAAUAAAAGCUCCGUGAUUUCACCUGGAGGAUGAGACGAGCGGCGUCCGUUUGAGGAAACUUCAAAGCACGCCGUCGUUGCGUUUGAUUGACGCCGAUUUUUUUUUAAAUUUAUUUUAUUAUUUUUUUGUUGCGAAGAAGAUGGCGAACGAUUCUCCGGCGAAAAGUCUGGUGGAUAUAGACCUGGCAUCCCUGAGGGAUCCAGCUGGGAUUUUCGAGUUGGUGGAAGUGGUCGGGAAUGGCACCUAUGGGCAAGUCUACAAGGGUCGACAUGUUAAGACGGGACAACUGGCAGCCAUCAAGGUCAUGGACGUCACAGAGGAUGAAGAGGAAGAAAUAAAGCUGGAAAUCAACAUGCUGAAGAAAUACUCUCACCACAGAAACAUAGCUACAUACUAUGGAGCCUUCAUUAAGAAAAGUCCACCAGGUCAUGAUGAUCAACUCUGGCUGGUGAUGGAGUUCUGUGGUGCUGGUUCCAUCACAGAUUUGGUGAAGAACACCAAAGGCAACUCGCUGAAGGAGGACUGGAUCGCCUACAUCUCCAGAGAAAUCCUCAGGGGAUUGGCUCACCUUCAUGCUCAUCAUGUCAUCCACCGAGACAUUAAGGGACAAAACGUGCUGCUGACAGAAAACGCAGAAGUCAAACUGGUGGAUUUUGGCGUGAGCGCUCAGCUGGAUCGGACGGUGGGUCGGAGGAACACCUUCAUCGGGACUCCAUAUUGGAUGGCUCCAGAGGUCAUUGCGUGCGACGAAAACCCCGACGCCACCUAUGACUACAGGAGCGACCUGUGGUCUUGUGGAAUCACCGCCAUAGAGAUGGCUGAAGGAGCGCCUCCUCUGUGUGACAUGCACCCAAUGAGAGCCCUCUUCCUCAUCCCCAGAAACCCUCCCCCUCGGCUCAAGUCCAAAAAAUGGUCCAAAAAGUUUUUUAGCUUCAUCGAGGGUUGCUUGGUCAAGAACUACACUCAGCGUCCUCCCACCGAGCAGCUGCUGAAACACCCGUUCAUCCGAGACCAACCCAACGAGAGGCAAGUCCGCAUCCAACUCAAAGACCACAUCGAUAGAACCAAGAAGAAGAGGGGAGAAAAAGAUGAGACUGAGUAUGAGUAUAGCGGAAGUGAAGAGGAGGAGGAAGAAUCAUCUGAGCAAGAAGGAGAGCCAAGCUCCAUAGUAAACGUGCCGGGCGAAUCGACGUUGCGCCGGGACUUCAUCCGACUGCAGCAGGAGAACAAGGAGCGCUCGGAGGCUUUGCGCCGCCAGCAGCUUCUGCAGGAGCAGCAGCUCCGGGAGCAGGAGGAGUACAAGCGGCAACUGCUGGCUGAACGACAGAAACGAAUCGAGCAGCAGAAGGAGCAGAGGAGGCGUCUGGAGGAGCAACAACGGCGUGAGCGUGAGAUGAGGCGGCAGCAGGAGCGCGAGCAGCGCCGCCGCGAGCAGGAGGAGAAGAGACGCAUGGAAGAGAUAGAGAGGCGCCGCAAGGAGGAGGAGGAGCGCAGGAGGGCCGAAGAGGAGAAGAGGAGGGCUGACCGAGAGCAGGAAUACAUUCGCCGCCAGUUGGAGGAGGAGCAGAGGCACCUGGAGAUCCUCCAACAGCAGCUUCUCCAUGAACAGGCCAUGCUGCUGGAGUAUAAAUGGCGGGAGCUUGAGGAGCAACGCCAAGCCCAGAAGCUCCAGAGACAGCUGCAGCUGGAGCAGGCCUACCUGCUGUCCCUACAGCAAACCCAGAACCAGGAUAACUCCAAAACAGCUCAGCAACAAAGUACCAAACAACCACUGAGCAUUGAACCAGACAGGGAAAAUCCAGGGAAAACCCCCAACUUGGAUGCAUCCAAACAGAGCUGUAACUCUGAGAAGGCACAGCCCAGUCCUGUCUCCAGUCUGGACAAAGCUUCAGAACCAGAGCGCCGUGUGACUGACCUCCAAAGCCCCGCCCCUGACUUUGAGCCAGUCACAGAGGCGGACGAGCGAUAUCGGAAGAACAUCCAAGGUUCUCCUCAGUCUGCUCAGACCAAACCACAGCAGCCUCCAGUGCCGCCGCGCUCCGAGUCGUAUGCCGACGCCAACUCUGAAACGACAGCCGUGCACCGACCUGUGGAGCCACAGGUUCCUGUCAGAACCACAUCAAGGUCCCCUGUGUUGUCAAGGAGAGACUCGCCUCAUCACCACGGAAACGCCUCACACAGGGAUGCAGUGAACAGAAACACUGUCAGCUCAGCAGAGCCUCGGCUGCUGUGGGAACGAGUGGAAAAACUGGUUCCCAGAACAACGGGUAAUAGUGGCAGUGGAGGCUCCAGUUCCUCCAGCAGCUCCAGUAACUCCAGUUCUCAGCCCAGUUCUCACUGCGGCUCUGGAGAGAGGUUCAGGGCCCGCUCCUCUUCAAAAUCUGAAAGUUCACCCCUUCAGAGACCUGAGAAUGCUGGGAAAAAACCAGAGGAGAGAAGAGAUUUGGUCAAGCCGAACAAACCAGCGGACCUGACUGCUUUGGCCAAAGAGCUGCGUGCCGUGGAUGACGUCCGUCCACCAAACAAGGUGACGGAGUAUUCAUCCUCCAGCGAGGAUUCAGACACUACAGAUGAAGAUGAUGAUGAAGAAGUGGACCAGGAAGCGGGUGAAGAGUCGACCUCUGGCCCAGAAGACUCCAAAGCUGUGUCGUCCAAGCUGAGCAACGGCGAAACAGAGUCUGUGAAAACCAUGGUAGUUCAUGAGGGUGAGAGUGAUGCUGGGUCAACUCCCUGCAAAGACAGCACGCUCAUUGUCAGACAGAGUGAAAACAGGAAGCACAAGCCCCCGAACCAAACACAGACCCUCUUGUCAGGUUUUGCGCCAAGCCCCGGCUCUGCGUCGGGGCAGGGCCUUGUACAGCACACCCCCAGUCCCCAGCAUCACCACCAUCACCCCCACCACCAUCCCCCCCAUCAUCUCCACCACCAUCACCCCACACAGCACUCGGACAGGAACGGCUUUGCCGGCCGCAUCCACCACCUUCCAGACUUGAUCCAGCAGAGCCACCAUUCCCCCCCAAUGUCCUCCGCAUCCAACUCCCCGUCCUCCUCGGGCCUUGCCAGUCCCUCAUCCAUGUCCCCACAGAGCCCGCUGGAAAAUCUGGGCAUCCUCAUCGAGAGCCAGUCCAGUAACAACAUGCAGAAACACAAGUCCUCUUCGUCCUUCACUCCAUUCAUUGACCCACGCCUCCUUCAAGUCUCUCCAUCAACCGGCAGUGCCCUCAACAACGUUGGCUACAGCAAUGACGCGCGUCUGGCAGAGGCGCUGAGAGCUGACCCGUCACGGAAAGGCUCAGUGGUUAACGUAAACCCAGUCAACACGCGCCCUCAAAGUGACACGCCGGAGAUCCGCAAAUACAAGAAGAGGUUCAACUCUGAGAUCCUGUGUGCAGCACUCUGGGGAGUAAACCUCCUGGUGGGAACAGAAAGCGGACUGAUGCUGUUGGACCGCAGCGGUCAGGGGAAAGUUUACCCCCUGAUCAACCGACGUCGCUUCCAGCAGAUGGAUGUCCUGGAAGGGCUCAACGUUCUGGUCACCAUAUCAGGCAAAAAGAACAAGCUGCGGGUCUACUACCUGUCCUGGCUGAGGAACAAGAUCCUCCACAAUGACCCCGAGGUAGAGAAGAAGCAGGGCUGGACCACCGUGGGAGACCUGGAGGGCUGCGUCCACUACAAAGUCGUAAAAUAUGAGAGGAUCAAGUUUUUGGUUCUAGCUCUGAAGAAUUCAGUGGAAGUUUAUGCUUGGGCGCCUAAGCCGUACCACAAAUUCAUGGCCUUCAAGUCUUUUGGUGACCUGGUUCACAAACCACUGCUGGUUGACCUGACUGUGGAGGAGGGCCAGAGGUUAAAGGUCAUCUACGGCUCCUACUCAGGGUUUCACGCCGUGGAUGUUGACUCCGGGGCGGUCUAUGACAUUUACCUGCCGACGCAUAUACAGACCAGUAUUCAGUCUCACGCCAUCAUCAUCCUGCCCAACACGGACGGCAUCGAACUGCUGGUGUGCUACGAAGACGAGGGCGUUUACGUCAACACCUACGGCCGCAUCACCAAGGAUGUGGUGCUGCAAUGGGGGGAGAUGCCCACCUCAGUGGCUUACAUCCGCUCCAAUCAGAUCAUGGGGUGGGGGGAGAAGGCCAUUGAGAUCCGCUCCGUGGAAACGGGCCAUCUGGACGGAGUUUUCAUGCACAAGAGAGCUCAGAGACUCAAGUUCCUGUGCGAAAGAAAUGACAAGGUGUUUUUCGCAUCCGUUCGGUCUGGAGGCUCCAGCCAGGUCUACUUUAUGACUUUGGGUCGAAGCAACCUGCUCAGCUGGUAGAGGUCCACACCCUGCUCUCCUCCUCCUCCUCCUCCUCUUCCUCCACCCUCGCUAACACUGGAUCUCAGAGCCCGCCACUGACGACUUGUCAACCUUAGGACCACCAGAAGAGAACAAUCACCAACCCUUUGAAGCAAUCGAUACCCAGGACGUUGGGCUCUGAGCCCGGCAGCUCGCCCGGCUCCCAAACCCACAAAGUGAGGACUUGCUUACAAAAUGUAACGAGCGGUUAGACGAAUAAAAGAAGCAGACGCGACAGAAAUGUGAAUUCAUGAAACCGAGGUGCACGGCUUCUGUUUUCCUCGGUUUUCUUGGUGCUCUUCAGCUUGCCGUGGGAUACAGUUUGUACCUCUUUCAUUUCCAACUGCUGGGCCGAUCAGUUUGACUUCGAACCCGCCGUAGUCAAUCUAAGGCUGUCAUUCCCUCUUUUGGGAGGAGGUUCCUCUGUACCCGCUUUGCUGAUCUCUGAUCAGAUUCUAGAUAGAUUCUACAGCAACGUUGUUGACAGGAACUUAAAGGUUAAAGUUGAAUACACGGGGACACAGCAUGGGGGGAGAUUAGUGUGGAGAUGCUUUAAUAACAGCAUGACACAAAGAGGAAGACCUAAAGAUGCAGACUGAUCUCAGAAUAGUAUUUUUUCUUUUUCGUUUUGACUCAUUCAUUAUUGAAGAUAAGUGUGACUAUGUGGAGUUUAACAAAAAAACCAACCCUGCAUUUUAUCUCCCGAUUUGAACAUGUAUGCACAAGCACCCACGGUCCACACUUUGCUUGCUCUUACUCGGAAACACGUGAAGUGAUGAAAGUGCUGUGGGCGUGGCCAUGAAAAGAAACCCAAGCUGUUUUAUGUGCAGUGAGAAGUUCAUCCCCCCCACCUGUAAAGCAUGACUGGAGGGCGUAGACGAAGCAGAGAGGAGAGCUCGGCAGGCGAGAGCGGCGUCGGCGGCGAUUUAGGAUUUUUCUGGGAGUCGGUUUCCCUGCAGGAGGUGGACUUCUAUCUUCCAUUUCAUAUUUUUUGGCUCACGUCACCAUUUAAGUUUUUUUAUUGUUUGUAUAUGUAUUCAAUGCACUAAGUGUCAAGAAUGUAGAAAGACUCUUUACUGUGUGGUGGUCCAAGGCAUGAGACGAUGUUUUUGGCUUUGUAAUCUUGUCACAUGUGAUCAAUCCUAGAUGUUCAUGUUAAGACGAUUAAAAGCUGCAUCAGCAGAACCUCUUUAUCAGGUGUAGAUUUUUUUUUUUUUCCAAUAGUUCCCCUCCGUUUUAGAGUUGACCCCCCCCCUCCUCCCCUCCCGCCCACCUCCACACAGCAGACACGCUUUAACACAAAGUGAUAAUUGUCAACGCUCUGGAAUUUGGUGCAAAUCAUUUUUUUUCCCCUUAUUUGGCUCCUUGUGGGAGAAAAAAAAAACUAAAACCCAAUUUUAUUCAUUUGUUUUUUGUUUUUAAGUAUUUUUUUUUUCUGCUGCUGCUCCAAUAUGUGAAAAACUGAGCUCCACUGGCUGAGCUGACCUCACUUAGCUGGGCUUUCCUCCGUUUCUGCAAACACUCAAACAUUGCACACUCACACAGGGGGCACAGCAGAGUCCACUUUGUAAUCUCACUUCAUGUCAAAACAUGUUUUUUUUAUGAUUUUGUUGUCAGGGCACACUUAGUCUGGCUGUAUUUUUCCACCAGAAGUUAACGGCCCACCAACGAACAGCGAUGUUCAUAAACUUGUUUGAGCUCCCAGUUCUUCUUCUUUUAUUGCAUCACAGCUAACACAAAAUUAGAAAAAAGGAUAGUUUUCCCCAACUGUAAUCCAAUCCAGGAUGAGCUUUAAAGUGAAGUCUGGUGAAAAAAGUCGCCUCUUGCUAAUUUAAAUCAAAACUAAAAUGUAAUUUAUUAUGAAAACCACUCAAUUCUUUUCAAAAAGAAGAAAAAAAAAUCACUUGAAGCUUUGUGUAUUAAGUUUUAGAUGUAGCUGAGAAGCCUAUGUUGUUUCUGUAGGUGUAUGUAAAAGUAAAAUACGAUUGCAGUGACUUAAUAUUAUUACGCUCACUUAGGUGGGGAAAUUGUUUACAGAGGCAAUUUUCUUUUUUUUGUUACAAUAAUUUGCAUCACAGUAUUUAUGUUUAAUGCAUCUUUAUUAAUGAAUUCUGUUUCUGCUUUUUGAGCCUGGUUUUUAUUGGAUAUAUAAAUAUACAUAGAUAUAUAUAUACAUAUAUAAAAAAAUCCAUUUUGUCAUCUCUCCCCUCACUGAUGAACCUACUUGCAGAGCAUUAAAGGACAUGUGUUGUUCAUUUCAGGUAUUCACAAUGUGCUGCUUUAGCGUUGCAACAUUGCAGUGAUGUUCUUUGCAGGCUUGGAUGUGAGGCGACGUGUUUCUGCCGUGCUUCUCCAACUCGUGUCCUCUCUCUGUGUAUGACAGGAAGUCGUGUAUUUUAUUGACUUUUCUUUUUUUGUUCUUUAAAAUAAACUUUAAAAAUAAUUAUAAAACCAAAA